UGAGACGCUCCAAACUUUGGGAGCGCUGCGCAAAAAACUCUCCAAAGAGUUUUCAGCUCGUGCUUCAGGGCUGCACCGAGUUACAGCAGGCAGAGAAAAAGUUUCAAGAGAGAGAAAAAGGAAAAGAGGGGGAGGAAGCUAAGCCGUGGAGAAA